AUUACCACCAUUAGACGCAUCUUGACAAAGCACCAUAUUACAAUGAAACAACUGUACAGGGUUCCAUUUCAAAGGAACAAUGCCAGAGUGAAGGAACUUCGACGUGAAUACGUACAGAGAAUGCUCGCCAUGGAUGGAGCUGCUCAGCCUCAUGAGUGUAUUUACAUCGAUGAGGCUGGAUUCAAUCUGACAAAAAACAGACGACGGGGGCGUAAUCUUAUUGGCCGAAGGGCAAUUGUGCACGUCCCUGGGCAACGUGGAGGAAAUAUUACAUUGUGUGCUGCCAUUAGCCUUAAAGGACUACUGCACCAUCAUGCCAAAUUGGGGCCCUACAAUUCACAGGAAAUACUCACAUUUCUUGAUGGUCUACAUGACAUCGUCAUACAGAAUAGACCAGAGCAGCCCAGGCUUGUUGUUGUGUGGGAUAAUGUUAGUUUCCACCGGGCUGCUCUGGUCCAAGACUGGUUUACUCAUCAUGAAGGAUUUGAAGUGGUGUACUUGCCCCCUUACUCCCCAUUUUUGAAUCCUAUAGAGGAGUUCUUUUCAGCAUGGAGAUGGGGUGUAUAUGACCGCCAACCCCACGGCCGAAUGCCACUUUCACAAGCAAUGGAACAGGCCUGCGGAGAUAUUGAAAUCAGGUCAAUUCAGGGAUGGAUUAGACACACAAGGGGAUUUUUUCCCCGAUGUUUAGCCGGAGAAGAUGUUGCUUGCGAUGUGGACGAGGUCCUGUGGCCCGACCCCGACAGACGGCAGGAUCCAUACAUGUAACUUCUUUUGUGUGAAGUUCAGUUUGUUUUAUUUUUGCUUUACAGUAACUGAAUUUUCUGUCAUAUA